AUGUCAGCAGAGGAUUUGUCCAUAAAGAAUUCACCAAUAGUGCCUAAUAUAAUACCAGCAGCAACUACAAGCACCAAUCCAGGAUCUUUUGAUGAACUGCAUCGAAAAUGUCGAGAUGUUUUUCCAGCAUUUUUCGAAGGUGCCAAAGCUAUGCUUCAGAAACCUCUCUCGUCGCAUUUUUCGGUUUCUCAUACUAUCAAUAUAUCCUCACCAAUAUCUUCCUAUCGCAUAGGUGCAACAUAUGUAGGUGCGAAGCAAACGGCAACAGGCGAAGUUUUUCCUGUUCUUUUGGGAGAUACUGAUCUAGAUGGCAAUACUUCGGCUACGUUCAUCCAUCAAUUUGGUGAAAAAUGGAGGAUGAAAUUGCAGAGUCAAAUGCAUGGUGGUUCCCUCAAUGCAACGCAAGGGACUUUCGAAUAUCGUGGACGAUUGUCCACUCUAGGCUUAACUUGUGCUAAUAUUGAUAUACUUAAUGAGAGUGGUAUAGCAGUUGGUCAUUAUUUACGGCGUAUGACCCCUCGUCUAGAUCUUGGCGCUGAACUUGUAUAUCAGUAUGGGAAGCAGGUUCCAGGUGGACAAGCGACAAUUCUCAGUUAUGGUGGCAGAUAUACUACAGAUAAAUAUACAGCAUCAGCCGUUAUCGGUAAUGGUGGUUUGCACUUGUGUUACUAUCACAAACAAGUUGAGAAUCUUGCGUUUGGUGUUGAGUUUGAAAGUAACUUCCGUGCUCAAGAAGCAGUUGCAACAUUUGCAUAUCAAGCUGAAAUACCCGAAGAAGGCAUUACGAUGCGGGCAUCGAUUGAUACGAAUUGGAAUGUUGGUGGUGUGUUGGAAAAAAGGCUAUCACGGAAUUUGCCUUUUACGCUUGCUCUUUCCGGUCUUAUUAAUCAUACAAAAGCUCAAGGAAAGUUUGGUAUAGGUCUAAUUAUUGGUAGUUAA